AUGAAGGAAAUUACAUAUGUAAUGGUUGAUGGUUGGACUGGGAUAGCUGGUGAUAUUGAGGUGAUAUUCUUCCAUCUGAAGAACUUUUUCCUGGUCAAAACUGAAAAGGGCAGAGAAGAGGCAAUGGAUACUGACAGUAUCUGCAUUGACUUCCGCAUAUGUUGUCUUCCGCCACCAGGUACAGAACAUCAGAGGCUGCAAUCAGUGAAGCAAAGAUCUCUUUCAGAACUGUGUCUAUCAUCUUACCAGCGACAUAUGCCUUUAGAUGGUUGUGUAGUUACUACUGCACUUGCUUGGCCUGGGUGGAGGAGGCUGCCGAGGCCACGCAAGAAUGAGCCGGAUCAGCUCCAGUCGAAGAUCUCGGCCUUAGUGCCAUCCUCUAAAUCAUCAUCAUCAAAUGAAAGUGAGCUUCGGGAGCAACUAGCAACUGAAGCUACGACUGCUGUACAAGGUGAAAUCUAUGAACUCAGGAAGAGAAGUGAAGAAGCUGAGGAAAAACUGGCGAGGACACAAAAGGAGAUGGAGGAGUACAAGAAGCUGACAGAGAUAAACAACAAGGCAAUGGAGGAGAACAAUGCGUUGCUCAAGCGUAUCUUGGCCAUCAACAAUGCUUCUUCGACAUGA